CCUGUCUGUAGCUGGUGUUAUUGGUUGAAGGGGAGAGGAGGCAGUGGCUGAGGACUUUUUGCAAACUAGAAGAAUCUGGCACAGGAGGAAGGCGAUCCACUGGUCCAGGUAGAGGCUGUUUGGAGAGGAAGGGAGGAUGAGGGGAGAGCCGGAAUCCGUUGGUCCGGAAGCAAGAAGAGGCCCUGAUGCUGGGAGCAAAAGGGAAGUGUGGCAAGGUACCAUGCAGAAGAGCCUGGAAGAGGAUUUUCGCCCUUCAGAUGUGCAGUGCCAGCAAUUCAGGCACUUCCACUACCCGGAAAUGGAAAGGCCCCGAGAGGCUUGCAGCCAACUGCACCAUCUUUGCCAGCAGUGGCUGAAGCCAGAAAGGCACAGCAAGAAGGAGAUCCUGGACCUGGUGGUCUUGGAGCAACUCCUGGCCGUCCUGCCCCUCGAGAUGGAGAUCUGGGUCAGGGAAUGUGGGCCAGAGACCAGUUCCCAGGUGGUGGCCCUGGCAGAAGGCUUCCUCCUGAGCCAGGCAGAUGCCAAGAAUCAGGAGCAGCAGGUACAGAAAAACAUUGUGCAGGAGCAUUACCACGGAGGAGCUUUUUUGGACGAAUCCGGCAGAGGAGGAAGGUGUUCCACUGGUCCCCUGUUUGGAGAGGAAAGGAGGAUGAGAGAAGAGCCAGAAUCAGUUGGUCAAGAAGCAGGGAAAGGCCCUGAUGCCACCGAGGCUGGGAGCGGAAGGGAUAUGGUGGAAGGAACCAUGCAGAAGAGCCUGGGAGAGGAUUUCCCCCCUUCAGAUAUGCAGCGCCAGCAAUUCAGGCACUUCCACUACCCAGAAAUGGAAGGGCCCCGAGAGGCUUGCAGCCAACUGCACCAUCUUUGCCACCUGUGGCUGAAACCGGAAAGGCACAGCAAGAAGGAGAUCCUGGACCUGGUGGUCUUGGAGCAACUCCUGGCCAUCCUGCCCCUGGAGAUGGAGAUCUGGGUCAGGGAAUGUGGGCCAGAGACCAGUUCCCAGGCGGUGGCCAUGGCAGAAGGCUUCCUCCUGAGCCAGGCAGAUGCCAAGAUUCAGGAGCAGCAGGUGCAGAAAAAGAUUGUGCAGGAGCGUUACCACGAAGGAGCUUUUCUGGGCGAGGCCUUGAAACCAAUGAAGUAUCCUUUCCCAUCUCUUUGCGACGGAGAGAAAGCAGCUCCUCUAUGGUCAGGUGGGGCUCUGGUGACUUUUGAGGAGGUGUCUGUGCAUUUCUCUGAGGAGGAGUGGGCUCUGCUGGAUCCGGGCCAAAGAAACCUUCACAAGGAAGUCAUGGAGGACAAUCGUCAGAUUGUGGCCUCUCUGGAGGUUGAUGGUCCACAUAAAAAGCCUAAGAAAGAACAACAACAGCUCCCAUUGGAAAGGGAACAGCAAAGACGAUGGAAGAGGAGGAAUGAAUCAUCUGCUUCUCAGGGUGCUGAAUCCCAGGACAUCCUGCCAUUCCAUGGAAGAAUCACUUGCCCCAUAUGUAGAAAAGAAUUCCUUUGCCAAUCAGUGUUUGAUAUACAUUGGAGAAAACACACAGGAGAUAAACCACAUCAAUGUGUUCACAGUACAGAGCUUACAAUCCAUCAACUUAGCCAUACAGGUAAGAAAUCAUUUAAAUGUGUGGACUGUGGGAAGAACUUUGCUUGGAAUCCAGAGCUUACCAUCCAUCAACGUAGCCAUACAGGUGAGAAACCAUUUAAAUGUGUGGAUUGUGGAAAGAGCUUCGCUCAGAGUGGACAGCUUACUGUACAUCGACGUAUCCACACAGGGGAGAAACCUUUUAAAUGUGUGGACUGUGGAAAGAGCUAUGCUUGGCGUACGCAGCUUACUGUCCACCGACGUAUCCAUACUGGGGAGGAACCAUAUAAGUGUGUGGAUUGUGGAAAGAGCUUCGCUCAGAGUGGACAGCUUACUGUCCAUCGACGUAUCCACACAGGGGAGAAACCUUUUAAAUGUGUGGACUGUGGAAAGAGCUAUGCUUGGAGUACGCAGCUUACUGUCCAUCGAUAUAUCCAUACUGGGGAGAAACCAUAUAAGUGUGAGGAUUGUGGAAAGAGCUUUGCUCAGAGUACGAAGCUUACUGUCCAUCGACGUAUCCAUACUGGGGAGAAACCAUAUAAGUGUGAAGACUGUGGAAAGAGCUUUACUCAGAGUCCAUCCCUUACUGACCAUCGACGUAUCCAUACGGGGGAGAAACCUUUUAAAUGUGUGGACUGUGGAAAGACCUUUGUUCGGAGUUCAAACCUUAUUGCCCAUCAACGUAUCCAUUCAGGGGAGAAACCAUAUAAAUGUGUGGACUGUGGAAAGAGCUGUGCUUGGAAUACGCAGCUUACUGUCCAUCGACGUAUCCACACAGGGGAGAAGCCUUUUAAAUGUAUGGACUGUGGAAAGAGCUAUGCUUUGAGUACUCAGCUUACUGUCCAUCGACGUAUCCAUACUGGGGAGAAACCAUAUAAGUGUGAGGACUGUGGAAAGUGCUUUGUUGAGCGUACAUCACUUACUGUCCAUCGACGUAUUCAUACGGGGGAGAAACCAUAUAAAUGUGUGGAUUGUGCAAAGAGCUUUACUCAUAAAGCACAGCUUACUGCCCAUCAACGUAUACAUUCAGGGGAGAAACCGUUUGAAUGUGUCAAGUGUGGAAAGAGCUUUACUUGGAGUUCAAGCCUUAUUGUCCAUCGACGUAUCCAUACAGGGGAGAAACCAUAUAAGUGUGAGGACUGUGGAAAGAGCUUUGGUAAGAGUGCAGAUCUUAAUGCCCAUCGACGUAUCCAUUCAGGUGAGAAACCAUUUAAAUGUGUGGACUGUGGAAAGUGCUUUACUUGGCGUGCGCAGCUUACUGUCCAUCGACAUAUCCAUACAGAGUAGAAAUGAUGUAAGUAUGAGGGCUGUGGAAAGAGCUUUGCUUAGAGUACAGCAUGUUACAUCCAUCAAUAUAUCAAUUCAGGGAAAAAGCCAUAUAAUUGUGAGGACUGUGGAAAGCGCUUUGUUCGGAGUACAGAUUUUAACGUCCAUCAACGUAUCCAUUCAGAGGAGGAACCAUAUAAAUCUGUGGACUGUGGAAAGAGCUUGUUCAGAGUGCAUACCUCGCUGUCCAUCAAUGUAUCCAUAUAGGGAGAUACCAUAUACCGUAUACCCUGCAGCUGUGGACAAGUUUACGUCGGGACCACAAAGCGUAGCAUCCAGACAAGAAUAAAAGAACAUGAAAGACACUGCAGACUUGGACAACCUGAAAAAUCAGCAGUGGCUGAACAUAGCCUAACUCAAACAGGACACAGUAUCUUAUCCAGGACACCAAAAUACUGGACAACACUUCCAACUACUUUGUCAGACUGCGCAGGGAAGCCAUUGAAAUUCACAAGCAUAAGCACAAUUUCAACAGGAAAGAAGAGACUUUAAGAAUGAAUAGAGCAUGGUUUCCAGUCCUGAAACACACCGCUAACAAUACACUCAAUACCCGACAAUAGCCCUGCAGAGAAGAUUAGCACAUGAAGCACCAAUCCAUAUGCAAAAGAACUUCCUCAGGAUACAGUGAAGCUUCCCUCCAUUAGCAUUCCACACCCUGGGAAACUCUUACAGGAUGACUCAGCUCAACCCCACCCCUCCUGAGUAGAUAUAAAUGCCCUGCCAACAUCUUUUCCACACUGUGACACUGAGAGAUCUCUGUCUUUUGGUGCUACACCUCUGAAGAUGCCAGCCACAGCUGCUGGCGAAACGUCAGGAACUACAGUGCCAAGACCACGGCUAUACUGCCCGGAUAAUCCACAACAACCAAAGCAACUAGGGUUGAAGACUUUUGAGAAAGUUUAGAAGCUCCAAAGUUAAGUAUCCAUGACAACGGUUCUUCUCUGGCCGACAGACCGAUAAGCUUUCCCAGGACAGGGAGAGGAGCAGGCAGCCACAGUUGCUAACAUCAGUGUUCAAACAGUGGCACAUACAGGCCAUGAAAGUUGGGCCGCUCAGAAGACACUGCUCAUCCGCCUGACCCCAUCUGUGAAGAAAGCACACCAUAAUUAUAAACUGAGUUACUCUAGGAAAUUGGACUUUAUUCAUUUAUCUGAUUGAGACUUACUUUUGGAUCCUUGAGAUACCUGUUGAAUGGCCUGACAUUUAUUGUUUCACUGGAGAUUUGUGGUUGGAUCCUAUGUUGCUUCAUUGAUUGCACCUGUUAAAUAUUCU